CGGCGCGCAGGCGAGGAGCGCGCGCGCCUCCUCGCCCGUCCCUCCCUCCGCAGAAGUCGUCAUGAAGUCCAUCCGGAACGCGCUGAACGCGGCGGCGGAGACGCUCAGCGUCAAGACGCCGUCGUCCUCCUCCUCCUCCUCCUCCCCGCACGACCUCCGCGGCAAGGUGGUCUCCGUGGGCGCGAUGCGCAUAAAGUGCGGAGACGCGAUCGCGGACGGCGGCAUGGCGACGGUGUAUCGCGGCAGAGUCCUGGACGACCCGGGGAACAACAUCAGAGACGUCGCGGUGAAGCAGAUGCUGCUGCCGCACGACUCGAGCGUCAGCGAGCUCGACGCGCGACGCGAGGUGGAGCUCCACGCGCGGCUGAGCCAUCACGAGUGCGUCGUCGCGCAGCUCGCGCACGACGUCCGCCUCGUCCCGCUCCCGGGCGGCGACGGCGACUGCUACCGCGUCCUCGCCGUGCUCGAGCUGUGCUCCGAGAGCCUCGCGGACGCGCUCGCGACCGCGGCGUCGCGCGGAGAAUACAUGGAAGAAACGGAAGCGCUGCGAGCGUUUCACGCCGCCGCGUCGGCGAUCGCGCGCAUGCACGCGGAGACGCCGUCGCCGUUGCUCCAUCGUGACGUCAAGCCCGAGAACGUCCUCCGCGCGCGCGACGGCGACGGCGGCGGUUGGAAACUGUGCGACUUCGGCAGCGCGCGCGUCGGGUGCGUGCCGCUCGCGACCGCGAACGACCGCGCGCGCGCGGAGGCGGAGAUGGUGCGAGUCACGACGCCGCCGUACCGAUCGCCGGAGCUGUGGGACGCGUUUCGAUUCGCGGAGAUCGGGCCGCCGUCCGACGUGUGGGCGCUCGGGUGCGUGCUGUAUCAGGCGCUGUUCAACGCGCUGCCGUUCGGGGCGGAGUCCAGGAUGGCGGCUCUGAACGGCACGUUCACGAUCCCGAAGCAUCGAUCAUCUGGCGCGGGCGGCGCGGCGGGCGGUGGGAACGGACGGAGCGACGCGGCCGUGGAGUUGACGCGAGCGACGCUCGUCGUGGAUCCGAUGCGCCGCGUCACCGCGGCGGCGGCGGCGAAUCGCGCGAGGGCGCUCAUCACCGGCGAAGGCGUGGACGACGACGCGUGGAGACGGAUGGUGGCGAAGGCUUUGGGCGGCGGCGGAGGAGGUGGGGGGGGGGAUCCGAGCGCGCCGCCGCCGCCGCCGAUGACGCGCGCGGGGAGCGGCGGCGGGGCGACGGCGGCGACGACGACGACGGUGCCGGCGACCGACGGCGGGUGGGCUGAUUUCGGCGCCGCGCCGCCGCCGGUCGCGGCGGCGCCCUCGCGCGGCGGGAGCGGCAGCGGCGGGGGCGACAACGACGCGACGUGGGCUGCGUUCGACGACGUGGCGGCGUCGAGCGCGACGACGACGACGAGCCGUCGCGGAGGAAGCGACGGCGGCGGCGCCGCCGCCGGAUUCGGGUUCGGCGACGCGUCGACGUGGGCGACGUUCGACGCGUUCGCGGCGCCUCCCGCGCCGCCGUCGCCGUCGAUCACGCCGCCGCCCGUCCGCAUCCCCCCGCCGGCGCCGGCGCCGCACGUCGCGGUUGCUGCUGACGUGGCAACUGACGUGGCAACUGGACUCGCGUCUCGGGUCGCCGCGCUCGAGACCGAACUCGCGGCGUCGGCGGAGCGAGAGCGCGCGUUGACGACGAGGCUGGCGGACGCGAAGCUCGCGUUGCGGGACGAGCAGAAGGAGGUGGCGCGGUUGCAAGGGGAGCUCUCCGCGGUCAGGAACGCGAUGAAGCUCGGGUGAGGCGGCGACGGCGUGGCGCGACGCGCGCGAUAGAUAGCAGCCGGCGCGUUAAAGCGGCGAGACGUCUCUCUCUCUCUCU